UUUCAGCCGAAAUGUAAACAUGUCAAUGACCAUAAACACGUCUGCUGGGGCUUGUAGACAUCGCCAGCAAUAAUUCUUCACCCACAUACGCACUGCUUGAAGAUGCCGUGGCACCAAACGCCUUUGACCCGCUUCUAAUUGAGCUGUACAAGACUGCCUGUUGUUGUUUACUUGCUUUGUGGUCUGCUGGCUGUGAAAUACGCGGUUUCCCAAUCAACAAGCAGAUAUUUUGGCGCGCUUUUCACAAAAUCUUCUAUUGGUUUAUCUGCGCAAUGCGCAUGCGCCGCACCGACACACACACAUACACUCGUGAUUCCAGCGCGCUGGAAAAGUUCACCGCCACACACUGUUAACGGACAGAAUGAAAGCAAGAGCAGUGUUUUCCGUUAUUUCGCACGCAGGAUGCUAGCAACAGAGCCCGCCACUAACAGCGCCUGCUUGGCGAGCAGAGCUGCACAAAUCUUUGCGAAUGUUUGGAGCAGUUCGGUUGAAACGCUGCACUGAAACGGUUGUUGUUAGCGCGUAGAAUCGCCACUAAUUUCAGAUUGUGCUCUCAUCAAAGACAAAUAAUAAUAAAAAACAAAAACAAAUUUCAAAAUUAUUUUAAAGGCCUGCGACCAUUUGGUUACUCGUGCACACGCACACACACACACACACACACACACAAGAAGGCAAUGUGAUGGUCGCUAUGUGCACAAGUGAAUUGUGAAAAGUGCUGAUUUGUGCCGUUACUCUUCAUACUAACGGUUUUUGGUGUUAAAGGUGUUAAAGUGAGUUGUGUCUGAAACGUUAAUUGGCUUUGGAUUCGAAACGACAGCCGGAAACGGAAGUGCGAAUCAAUGCGUUGAAAAGACGCCUGCCACCAGAGGCUGCGAAACUGAAGUGAAAAGUGAAAAUCACAAUUUGCAUUCGUUAAAAUCUUAAGUGAAAGCACAAAUAAUCCGUUAGCGAGACGGAAGCAAUUGCCGUGCCGCAGACUUCCGCGUCUAAGUGCUCGCGUUCGCCUCACAUCGGCCGUCGGCCACACCAUCUGCUGGCCGGCCGUUUGGCCAUUAUUGGAGCUGAUGCCACUUUUAUGUAAUUUUUAUGUGUUCUCUUAAGUGCAUAAUCGUCAACAACAUCAACAACAAUUACAAGCAGCGGACCUCCUCGCCCAACACAUCCUCAUUUGCACUUCGUAGCGCAUGGGAAAGCGCUCCAACACGCAUUGACGUUACUGCGCAUUAAACGUCAAACUGAGGAUUUUAAAGCUCACAAAUGAGUGCGUAUAAUGAUAAUUCGGCCUUCCGCUACAAAUUCCGACGACGACGACCUACUCGCCAUCGUUUGGGCAAUAUCAGCUGGCGCGAAGAGCUCCAUUGGUAUUAACUCGUUGCGCAAAAUCGCUAAUAAUGUACCGUUAAUGAUGACGCGUAACGGAAUUUACAAUAGGAUGACACAAGAAAUGCCACAAGCGAUGUAUUAUACCGCUAAUAACUACAAUAACAACAACAAUCGUCACUAUGACACUAGCAACAAUAGCGCACAGCUGCUGCAUACACCCACAACAGCAACAGCAACAGUGACGACGCUAACUGAUUCGCCACACACGAGCACGGUCAUGUAUUACGAGCCCAACCUGGAAGUCAUCAAUCGCUCACUGUUGCUGACAACAGCUGUCAGCGCCAACGCCACGCCCGCCAGCGAUAGCAACAACAACAGUCCGCUGCAGACGGUGUUUAUGGCCAACACCACGAAUAACAUCACAACUGCUAUUGACGCGGACGAGGAAUGGGCGCGUUUCUACGACCUGAUGCUGUCGUGGCAGGGCAUUUGUCUAAUUGCUGUCUUCAGCACCUUCAUUGUGGUCACCAUCAUCGGCAACACGCUCGUCAUAUUGGCUGUCAUAACGACGCGACGUUUGAAAACGGUCACAAACUGUUUCGUCAUGAGCUUGGCCAUCGCGGACCUGCUAGUGGGAAUAUUUGUAAUGCCACCCGCUGUAGCUGUCCACUUGAUAGGCUCGUGGCGUCUGGGUUGGGUGCUCUGCGACAUUUGGAUAUCACUGGAUGUACUGCUCUGCACGGCGUCCAUACUGAGCCUCUGCGCCAUCAGUGUCGACAGGUACUUGGCCGUUACGCAACCUCUGACCUAUUCACGCAGAAGGCGCUCCAAGCGUUUGGCAUUCAUAAUGAUUCUGGUUGUUUGGGUUCUGGCCUUGGCUAUCACGUGCCCACCAAUGUUGGGUUGGUAUGAACCAGGACGACGCGACCUAAGCGAGUGCCGUUACAAUCAGAAUGAAGGAUAUGUGAUUUUCUCCGCCAUGGGCUCAUUUUUCAUUCCAAUGGCCGUUAUGAUUUAUGUUUAUGCGAGAAUUUCAUGUGUUAUUGCGUCACGCCAUGACCAUAUGACUGACAUCAGUGUACAUAAUAAGAAGUUCAAGCGCUACACAGCCGCCGAUGUAGAAAAUGACAUUGACCAUGACUUUUCCGAGCAGGAGCUUAGUUCGGGCCAACGAAAGCAAGCGGCAGCCCGUACAUUCUCGAACCAAACCAUUGCCAAGGAGCUGCACGACGUCAUGCAGUGCGAAGGUGAGACUGGCGGCGCCACUACCACGGCAGCAACUGGCAGCGGUGGUGGUGGCGGCUCUUCGCCACAUUGUCACUCACUGCUUGCACUAAGCACAGCGAAUGCCAAGAAUAGUUGUUACGAAUUGACGCGCCCGUCGUCUUUAAGACGCACACCAACAUCGUCCUCAACCGUGACCGUUAUGACAAGCGGUUGCGGGGCCACCACCGUCGCUGGUGGCGGUGGGCUCACCGUUCCAACAGUUGGCAUUACAAGUUUGAGCGAUCAGCAUUGGCCGACACGUACGCUUAGCGUGCGCCAUCACCACCACUUCGGCGCUUCCGGCAGCGGUACGGGCUCAGGUGCGAAUGCGCCUGCAGCUAGUGCGACCAAUUCGCCGAAUUUGCAAGCGGAAGCUACAGCACUGACACGUCACACGCGCAUACAGCAACAACACCAUCAUCAUCACGCCAAAUCCUUAUCGAAUCGCAUCACUUCGUUGAAGAAAGAGAAUAAAACUACACAAACGUUGAGCAUCGUUGUGGGCGGUUUCAUCGCCUGCUGGCUACCGUUUUUCGUAUACUAUCUGAUAACCCCUUUCCUGGAGGAGCAUCAAGUAAGUCGUACACUGGCGAAGGGACUCACCUGGCUGGGUUGGUUUAACAGCGCUAUAAAUCCCUUUAUUUAUGCCUUCUACAGUGUGGAUUUUCGAGCGGCAUUCUGGCGUCUAACUUGCAAGCGCUUCUUCAGUGUAUCCAUGAAACCACAGUUUCCAGCCACCACUAUGUCUAUAAGACGAUAGUUGAACGCUCUGCAAAUAUAAUACCAUAGUUAUAUCUAGCUUUUAAUUAACCACUAAGACAGAUAAGGAGAAGCGGGGACAAAAUAUUCCAUUCGUUUAUAAUUCGGCGGAAUGUCGUGGUUUCUAUGGGGAUAACGUGGAAGUGAGUUCGACUCAUUUCAGAAUUUUAUGAAAUUUCUGUGACAGAGUUGACACACACAGAAAUUGUUUGGAGGUUAAAUUAAUACCUAUACAUAUUACUAGAUUUUGACACAGGAUUUUAUACCCCGUUCUGCAUACUAAAUACUUGGCUUUCUUCAUCGCCAGUCUAUACUACAAAAAAUUGAACUAAUGACCAUUCUAUAGUAGUGGCGGAGUCGGACGAUAUGGAAAUGAUUUUGCUUGAGUAGACUCGUCGAGAGGUGGUGACCGUCAUUCGGUGACUCUUUGCGUGUAUGAGAUAUGUUGGAUAUGUAGGGUCUAUCUGGCUAAGUAUCCACAAUAUCAAGGGGUAAUUCACAUAACGGUUGCUUCCAAUAUUUUGAGGUUGUUAAUUCGGUCGGUAGACGGCGAAUCUUGUACAAAGACGGUACACUUUGAAUUGUUUCGUUCAGUUAAUGAAUAGUAAUGGAUCCUUGCAGGAAAGAAGAAAUGAAACUUGGAGAGUAGGUUAGGUUGUAAUCUCUCCAUUCCAACCAUCUUAUAUGAUGACGAUGACAGAGUCUUAUGGAACUCAGCAAUGUUGUACGAGUCAGUCUGACUAAUAUGUAUAGGUAUUAACUUGGAGAGUAGGUUAGGUUGUAAUCUCUCCAUUCCAACCAUCUUAUAUGAUGACGAUGACAGUCUUAUGGGACUCAGCAAUGUUGUACGAGUCAGUCUGACUUGCCAUCCUUAAAAGAUAUCAUUAAGAGUUCAUUACCUAUGUUAUGUUGCGAUUAGUCCAGUUGUACAAGGGCUGCUAUAUAUAUUUCUGGCCUAAUAAUGAAAAUAGGAAUAUUUAUCAACGAAAAUGUUUUCAUUUUUUUCAAAAUAUUCUC